ACAAAAAUCAUCAUAGAAUUUUCACUCUCACUCUCUCAUUCUCACUCCAAUUCAUCUGUACAAGACUCCUCUGUGAAUAUAUGCGUGCGUGUGUAUAUAUAUAUAUGUCAUGUUCAUUGAAUUAACAUAAGUCAUACACUUAAACUAUGUCUUUCCCUCAUCACAAUCUUCCUUCAGAGACUGAUACGGCCACCUCCAAUUCAUCUUCUCCACAACCCAAGAAGACAAAGCGGAUGAGAGACUCGAGCAAGCACCCGGUGUAUCGAGGGGUGCGGAUGAGGAACUGGGGAAAGUGGGUGUCUGAAAUCCGCGAGCCCCGCAAGAAAUCCCGCAUUUGGCUCGGUACUUUCUCCACGCCGGAGAUGGCAGCGCGGGCUCACGAUGUUGCGGCUCUGAGCAUCAAAGGCAACUCCGCUAUUCUCAACUUCCCUGACCUGGCCAGUUCGCUGCCCAGGCCCGUCUCCCUCGCCCCUCGUGACGUUCAGGCAGCUGCUGCCAAGGCGGCGCAGAUGGACAACUUCCAUUCCCCUACUCCCACCACACUCUCAUCCUCAACUUCUCUCUCGUCCCUCGUCUCUGCCAUGGACAUCACGGAACCCGAUGAGCUGAGCGAGAUCGUGGAGUUGCCGAGUUUGGGGGCGAAUUACGAGGAGUUCGUGUUGUUUGAGUCGCCGUGGUUGGAGGAUUGUGGGUAUAUAGGCAGUGAUUAUCAAGGUUUGUUAUGGGACUACUAGUGCUAUUUUUGUCUUGUGGGUUUUUGUUCUUUUGAAGAGUGUAAGCUUUUUGGUCUUUCGGGGUGUUUUAAUUAAGCAAAUGCCCUUUUUUAGUUUUAAAUUAAAGGGGCUGCUAAUUAAAACUGUUUGUUAAUCUGGAUUUUGGUGGUGUGUGUUUGUGUGAAUAUGGUUUAAUUUGUGACCCUCAAAGUUCAAUCAAUCUGUUAAUUGUACAGUCU